AUGGCCUUGACAGGGAAGUCUCUGGAUGUGGCUCUUGGCAACACCCGCUCAGAGCAGUGGAACAUGGUUCUCCCACAGAAAGAUGAGAUUGUUACCAGCUUAGUGUCCGCUUUAGACUCCAUGUGCUCGGCGCUCUCCAAGCUCAACGCGGAGGUGGCCUGCAUCGCCGUGCACGCCGAGAGCACCUUUGUGCUGGGUACCGAGAAGGGCAGGCUCUUCAUGGGCGCGCGGAAGGAGCUGCAGGCCGACUUCCACAAGUUCUGCCGGCUCCAGCAGAGGAAGGAGCAGGAUGCGGAGGUGCCCAGGAAGGCCAAGGACUGCGGGCGGAACGCGCUCCGGGUCUCGCCGGAGCAGGGAUCAGACGUUUACCUCCUCAGGAAGAUGGUAGAGGAAGUGUUUGAUGUGCUUUAUAGUGAAGCCAUUGGGAAGAGCAGCGUGGUGCCCCUGCCGUAUGAGAGGUUCCUGAAAGAGCCGGGAUUGCUGGCAGUCGCUGGCUUGCCUGAGGGCAUCAGCUUCAAGAAGCCCAUGGAGUACGAUGUGAAAUCUCUGAUGGCCAUUUUAGAGCACAGCCACAGUAUCCGGUUCAGGCUAAAAAGGCCAGCGGAUGAGCCCAGCAGAGAGCCGAACCCUAGUGUAGAGUUGAAUUGUACCUCCCUAGCGUCCAAAGGCGGCCGGGAGCCCGUUGCAAAUAACCAGAUCGCUAAAUCCACCAGUCAAGACACUCCGUCCGCUGUAGCCAUGACCAAUUUCUUAUAUGGUGUCUCGCUGCCUACGCAGAUUGCCAUGGACCUAAAGCAAGAGGUGUCUUCCGUCGUGCACGGGGUGAAUGCAGCCAGCGAGGUGCUGAUGGCCAGGCCCUCAGGAGACCUGAAGGUGCCUUCCUCACAGGAGUACAGCGACUGCUGUGGACAGAAAGCAGCAGGCGCUGGGGGGCCCCUCAUCCAGAACGUGCACUCUUCCAAGCGCAUCCUCUUCUCCAUUGUCCAUGACAAGACAGAUAAGUGGGACAGUUUUAUAAAAGAAACUGAAGAUAUCAACACCCUUAGGGAGUGCGUGCAAAUUCUGUUUAACAGCAGAUAUGCUGAAGCCUUGGGCUUAGACCACAUGGUUCCCGUGCCCUACCGGAAGAUUGCCUGUGACCCAGAGGCCGUGGAAAUCAUCGGCAUCCCCGAUAAAAUCCCCUUCAAAAGGCCUUGCACCUACGGCGUCCCCAAGCUCAAGCGGAUCCUGGAGGAGAGGCACAACAUCCAUUUUGUCAUCAAAAGGAUGUUUGAUGAGAGAAUUUUUACAGGAAGCAAAUUCACCAAAGACCCAACGAAGCUGGAGCCUGCAAGCCCGCCGGGUGAGAUCUCCCCCGAGCCGCUCCGCGCCGCAGCCGCCCUUGAUCUGGCAGGGACGUCCCAGGCCAACAGCAGGGCUGAGAAGUGUAGCGUUUCUGAAAGCUGUGAACCAGGUACCUCGGGAGAGCUGAGUGGCAUCAGGCAGAUCAAAAUUGAACCGGACGAGUUGGACAUCAUUCAAAUCACUGUUCCAGAUCGAUCGCCCAGCUCGGAUGAAAUGCAUGACCCAGUGGCCACGCACAUGGCUUCAGAGGAGUCAAGCUACAUGCUAGAAACAGGAACAGGUACGGAGAAGGGCUCCAGUGAGGAUCUGCGGCACGAGGAGAAGCAGCUGGAGGGGUCAGAUGGUGUAGGGGAUGUUUUAAGUCAUUUGAGGAAGCAAGUGGAGAUUUUGUUCAACACCAGAUACGCAAAAGCCAUAGGAAUUUCAGAGCCGGUCAAAGUUCCCUACUCCAAGUUCCUGAUGUACCCUGAGGACCUGUUUGUGGUGGGCUUGCCUGAAGGCAUUCUCCUGCGCCGCCCAAACUGCUUUGGAAUUGCAAAGUUGAAGAAGAUCCUACAAGCAAGCAACAACAUCCAGUUUGUCGUUAGAAGACCAGAGCUCCUGGCUGAGGGAAUUAAGGAGACCUCUUCUGACAGCCCAGGAGCCAAAGCUGGUGAGAGGGACACCAGUGACCCAGUCGGUGAUGAUGUGGUGAAGAGACAGGGCUUCCAAGAAAAUUAUGAUGCCAGGCUUUCCAGAAUAGACAUCGCUAACACACUGCGGGAGCAAGUCCAGGACCUGUUCAAUAAGAAAUAUGGGGAAGCCUUGGGAAUCAAGUAUCCCGUGCAAGUGCCCUACAAGCGGAUCAAGAGCAACCCGGGCUCGGUGAUCAUCGAAGGGCUGCCCCCCGGCAUCCCCUUCCGCAAGCCGUGCACCUUCGGCUCCCAGAACCUGGAGCGAAUAUUGGCCGUGGCUGACAAGAUCAAGUUCACCGUGACGAGGCCUUUCCAAGGACUCAUCCCCAAACCCGCCCCUAGACGGAUAACGUCACUGGAAAAAGCGUAUGCGGCCUUGAAUGAUGAGGAUGAUGCAAACAGGCUUGGAGAGAAGGUGAUUCUUCGGGAACAAGUGAAAGAGCUUUUCAAUGAAAAAUACGGAGAAGCUCUGGGCUUGAACCGGCCCGUCAUGGUGCCCUACAAACUCAUCCGGGACAGUCCUGAUGCCGUGGAGGUUACCGGCCUGCCAGAUGACAUCCCCUUCAGGAAUCCCAACACCUACGACAUCCAUCGGCUGGAGAAGAUCCUGAAGGCUCGCGAGAACAUCCGCAUGGUCAUUAUAAACCAACUCCAGCCUUUUGCCGAAAUCUGCUCCGAGGCCAAACAAACAGACAAAGACAGCAGCAUUCCCAAGCGGAAGCGGAAGCGGAUCUCCGAAGGGAACUCCGUAUCUUCAUCGUCCUCCUCUUCCUCCUCCUCCUCUUCCAACAUGGAGUCUACGUCCUCCACAAAUCAGAUCUCACUUGUGCAAUGGCCCAUGUACAUGUUAGACUAUGGUGGUCUAAACGUCCAGAUCCCAGGACCUAUUAACUAUUAGACCUCAAAACCGAAUAAGAACCUCAAAUGAAAGAAUAAAUAAAUAAAUGUAAUUUAUGUAAAAAGUGUAUAUUCCAAUAUGUAUCAAUGCCUUUUAGUUUUUCC